AUGGCUGGUGCCUCUUGGCUUGCAGGCUUCUUCAAUCAGGUCAUCAAAACUAAGAGCAUGCCCCAUGAUUGGUCAAAGAGCGCAACGAUUCCAAUAUGGAAAUAUAAAGGCGAUAUCGCAAAUUUUUCAAAGUAUCGGCAAAUUCGGCUGAUGAACCAGACGAUCUUUGAAAGACUACUUGAAACACGACUUCCGCCAUCAAAGAGUUGCCAUCCAACCAGCGAGGAUUUCUCGGUGCGUGCUGCUGACGCCAUCCAUACUGUACGGAUAAUGAUGAAGAAGUAUAGAGAAAAACGAAGAGAGCUGCAUGCGGGUUUCCUUGAUAUGGAGAAAGCUUUCGACAAGGUUCCCCACGAUGUCAUAUGGUGA